CAAAUAAAGCGGCGCUCUGGUUGCAUAGUUACAGGCAUCAGAAAAAACAAAAUAGUAUAAUUUACGAAGAAAACGCUAAAAAUACAAGCAGAAGCACAUUCUUUUGGGUUUUCCUGAUGCCUGUAACUAUGCAACCAGAUAGCUGAGCGACGCUUUAUUUGGUUCAGAAUUUUAUGCUCUUUUAGAUGGCGAUAUUGAAAAUAUUUUUAGCAAAAGGCUCUAGGACUUAGAGAUCCGCUGCAGCGGUUUUCUAGAAAAUUCUCUUCAAAACUCUGUCUCUGAAAUUUUGACGCAUACUACAUUUGAUAGAAGACUUCAACAACUACUCAGAUUCGGAUUUGAUCAGAAAUAUUAACAGUGGGGAAAGCGAAACUACAAUCACACUUGAAGGUUUAAGAAAAAUUGUUGAUUAUACAGAAUUAUUUGAUAAUGUUGAAGUAUGUCAACAGUACAUUGAACAAACAAGUGAUACUACAACAUUUUUAGUCACAUCUGGCCAACUAGGAGAAAGACUUAUUCCAAUAGCUCAUCAGCUUCAAAGUGGCUCGACAAUUUAUAUUCAUUGUCAAAACAAAGAGUUCCAUGAACAGUGGCCCACAAAUUAUUCAAAGCAGUGUAGAAAAAAAUAUAAACGAGAAGAAUUCGAUCAAGUGGCGUUAUUUGAUUAUGACGUUGAUCUUGACUCUCGAAUAUGUGCAUAUUUGGCAAAGCUUGCUCGACAUUUAUAUUCAAUUCCAGCAACGUCUGCUGGAGUCGAGAGGCAGUUUAGUGCCACGAGUCUUGUAUUUAAUGAACGACGAUCAUCAUUAAAUCUUGAUACUGUAGAAGAUAUAUUAUUUGGACGAUCAAUUCAAGAAUCACUUGAAAAAGAUCCACAUCUGUUUUCCUAA